CCGGCUCCAGCCAGGCGGCGGUCUUUGGCCGCAAACUGAUUGUUAGUGCAGUGAAAGGAUCGGCAGACUCGGAUUUAAAACAGCCCUUAAGUCAGAUCCAACGAAAGCAUCAGUUAAGGCCUCUAGGAAGGACAGCAUCUUUUGUUCCAGUUUAUGAUGGAUUGGCUCCAGCUGUUCUUCCGUGAUCCUGUGUCACUUUAUCAAGGAGCUGCUUUUCCUUUUGCACUUCUGUUUAAUUAUCUCUGCAUUAUGGAUUCAUUUUCCACUCAGGCCAGGUACCUGUUCCUCCUGGUGGGAGGCGGCGCCCUGGCCGUGGCUGCUAUGGGUGCCUUUGCUGCACUGGUCUUCAUCCCCGCCCUGGGCACGGUGGUCCUCAUCCACUCGCUUGGCCCCCGGGACGUCCACAGGCCGACUUUCCUCUUUCAGAUGACCUGGCAGACGCUGUGCCACCUGGGUCUGCACUAUACGGAGUAUUAUCUGCAAGAAGCUCCUUCUACAAGGUUCUGCAUCACUCUCUCUUCCCUCAUGCUCUUGACCCAGAGGGUCACAUCCCUGUCUCUGGACAUUCGUGAGGGGAAGGUGGUAGCACCAUCAGGACGCGCCGGUAACAAGAAUUCUUUGUCUGAGCGUCUGCGGGCGGCUCUUCCCUAUCUCAGCUACUUGCUCUUCUUCCCUGCCCUCCUAGGAGGCCCGCUGUGUUCCUUCCAGAGGUUUCAGGCUCGAGUUGAAGGGCCCAGCAGUUCGUGGUCCAGGCACUCUUUCUGGGCUCUGACCUGGCGGGCGCUGCAGAUCCUGGGACUGGAGAGUCUGAAGGUGGUCGUCACGCGGGUGGUGGGCGCGGGGGCUGGAGUCGGCGGCUGCGGGCAGCUGCAGUGCGUCUUCGUGCUGUGGUCCACGGCCGGCCUCUUCAAACUCACCUACUACUCCCACUGGCUCCUGGAUGACUGCCUCCUCCGCGCGGCCGGCUUUGGAUCUGAGUUAGGUCGCAGCCCGGGUGAGGAGGGACUCCUCCCCGAUGCGGACAUCUGGACGCUGGAAACGACCCACAGGAUAGCCCUGUUCGCCAGGAAGUGGAACCAGAGCACGGCUCGGUGGCUCCGACGCCUGGUUUUCCAGCAGCGCAGGACCUGGCCCUUGUUGCAGACGUUCGUCUUCUCGGCCUGGUGGCACGGUCUCCAUCCCGGACAGGUGUUCGGUUUCCUCUGCUGGGCUGUCAUGGUGGAAGCCGACUACCUGAUUCACGCCUUCGCCAGCGUGUUCAUCAGCUCCUGGCCCAUGCGGCUGCUCUACAGGGCCCUGGCCUGGGCCCACACCCAGCUCAUCAUCGCCUAUAUAAUGCUGGCGGUGGAGGCCCGGAGCCUCUCCUCUCUCUGGCUGCUGUGGAAUUCUUACAGCAGUGUCUUUCCCACCGUGUACUGUAUUUUGCUUCUCCUGUUAGCAAAGAGAAGGCAUAAAUGUAACUGA